AUGUCGUCACAUUUAAGACCAAACGAAUCCAGUGACCAUACGAAGCGAGCGCACAGUGUCAGCACACAAGGCUCUAAAAGUCCAUCCGAGGACUUUAGCAAACAAAUCAAGUCUGAAGAGCAUGCUACGCGUAAUCGAGCUCUAUCGUCACAUGGAUCCGAGGAAGAAGGUCAAGAAUUCGAUCCCAAAAAAUAUGGCGUUCCCUCCGAGAAUGCUUCUGAUGCUUCUGGCUCUUUCAACUUUGAUAUACAAGGUGUAGAUAGUAAGGUUGUCGCUAAUACACUGGCCUAUGACGAUUUCGUAGAUGAUACUCAAACAGGAAGUCCUGUCGGUAGUGGCGUCUUCACAGAACAACCAUACCUUCACCCAAUUGCUCAAAGUGAAAUCAUCGACUUGCCCAUUCCGAGAUUGGAGGAACCUUCUUUUUCUGAUUACACUGAGUUGAGGAAUGAUAGAUCUCGCUUGAAGGACCUGGAUAUGCGAAUGGAGGACGUAUUGAGGAAAGCAUCAAAAACUUCAUACUGCGAUGCUCACCAAAGGUAUGAUUACAAUGAAGGAAGGGUUAUUUCGUUGUGCUUGACCAACAAGAUUGAGGAGAAGGAAAAAACUACUAGUCAAUGUAAGGAUCUCUUGUCCUGUCUCGAAUUCUCGAAGAUCAUCAAGAAUCGAGGAAGAUUGGAAGAUAUAGCAGAUCCCAUGAUGCAUACCUUGUGCAGCCUCGAUCAAUCAAUGGAAGCUGGUAUCUCCGAAAUGGAUAGAAGAACGUUUAACAAAACUUAUGUGGCUCAAUACAAUGCACACAAAUCUCGUCAAGAGGAACAAGAGAGAUGGAACAAAUAUUCCACUUCUGAUAGAUGUCGCAUCGAUGAAGAAAACGUGGAGAAAUAUGAAACAGACCAAGCCCAGUCUACCGAAGUACAGCAAACUCAGCAGCCUUCCAGUGCUAGCAACGUCGUAUCGACCAUAAACCCUUCGCAAUUGUUUAUGUGA